AUGUCUUCUGAAUCAGAAGCCCCAUCCGACACGUGGUCCAGUCUCAUCGCGGAUUUGAAAGAAACAGCACUGGGCGACCAACAGACACCGACUCCUUGUUCCAACGAAGCAGAGUUCAGGACCAAUUUUGAGUCGCUCUGCAACGACCAUUAUGAACCAAAUGCUCAGCGCCUGCUUAACCUGUUCUCUCGACAGCAUGGCACGAUUACAACCUUUACCAGCACAAUAGAUAGCGCACAAAAUCUCCAGCCACCUGACACACUUAGCGAUUUGUUCUGGCAACUUGCUUUUGCAACCAUCCAGGCCGCUCUUGACGCAGGAUUGUCACUUAAAGACCUCUUCGAACAAUUGAACCCCCUCAAUCAAGCCCUCAAACCGUUCGGACCGCAACUACCGCAAUUUCCAACCCGACCCCGUGUGCAAGAACCUCUUCAGGUCGUAUUCAGAGAGUAUAUAGAGUGCUACAGCAUCAUGCUAAGUCACUUCGCGUCACAUCCCCCUGGUCUUACGUUCGACACCUUUCAUUCCCGAGCCGAGACUGCAGCUGAGCUGUUUGAAUCGUCACUGGAAGACUGGAAAGAGGUGGUGAAACGUUUUGGAGAAGAAGAAACUAGGUCUCUGCCUCCGUUGCCAAAUCCGGGCUUGAGCCAUCUGUCUCCUGGCUUGACUACAAGCGCACGCUUUCAGUGGCUUGAACCAUUGGGCACGGGCACAUAUGGCCAAGUUUCAAAGGUCCGCGAGGUCUCUACAAACAGCAUCUAUGCUCAAAAAACCAUCCGGGUCCAAAAUAGCCAUCGUGCGAGGAACAUCAUCGAACAGCAGGUCCGAAACGAAGUGGCCAUCAUGCACAAGCUCCGCCACCAUCAUAUUGCCUCUGUCCUUUUCUACGUCAGGGACGAAACUACCUUCUCCAUCAUCAUGCUCCCGGUGGGCGACUACGAUCUUCGACAUUUCUUGGAAGUGAAUUGUGCCGGGUUCCCCCGGACAGAGACGAGGCACCUCGAUCAGUGGUUCGGUUGCCUGGCCUCAGCACUGGCAUAUGCACAUCAGGAGCGAGUCAAACACGAGGACAUCAAACCCUCAAAUAUACUGAUCCGGGAUCAUCAGCCUUACCUGGCAGAUUUUGGUAGUGCGAUAGAUUUCUCCUUGAUGGAAGGCAGCACCUCGACAGAGGAGUACAUUGUGGGCACACCAGUGUACUGGCCGCCAGAGCCACUGCAGCAGCGAGGACGAGCGGCCGACGUCUUUGCUCUAGGCUGUGUCUUCAGCGAAAUGCUCACGGUACGGCAGCACAGAUCAUUGCAAGAGUACCGUGAUGCUCGCUUUCUCCCUCAUGUCGACAAUGGGUAUGCCUUCCGGACAAACCUAGAGGUCGUGAAUACCUGGCUUCUGGACCUCCCUGACAAUGUUGGGCCUCCAGAAGUCAGGUCUCUUUUGCUGGAGCAGACAAUGAUCACACGCAAAGACCAGAAGCACGCGUGGUGA